CGGUGGGCGCGGGGAGCGAGGCUCGGAGGACAAGGCGGUGCGCCAGCGGGCUGGGAUUUCGCAACCGGCAUGUAUCAUGUGCCUCGAGAUUCGCCAGAAUGGACGGCGGGCGUCAACCGCGCAACUCUCGACCCGUCGGCAUCAGCACCCGUGCUCACCCUGCACACAGCCGACAAGCUAUCGCACCUGAACCCGGAUGCGGUCAUGUCGGACGACGAGGGUGGCGGAGCGGGCUUGACCGAGAGUGGGCGGCCGAAGCGGAGGGCGGUGCGGUAACGGCUCAAGACUCGAGUUGUGCAGCUGGUCGAAGCGGUCGUCGUUCCUCGUCUUGUUGUCCUGCAGUCCAGCAUUGUUCUCUCGCC